CCUAAGGUGGGGUUCAGUCUGUCGCCAAACGCGAGUCUUCCACGAUGGCACGUGCAAAACGAAACUAAUGCCAAGGAUAUGAGGGUCAGAAGGGGUGCAUGCAUUGGGCCUUUAGGUAGGUACAUAAGGUAUUUUAUGUAGGCUAACCAUUUUCCAUGCAGCUGCUGCCGUCUGUCAUAACUUUGCCUUUCAAGCACAGUCCGGUGUCCCUAGUUCAAGGUACCUAGUUCAAGGUAGGAAAUUAGAACAUUGCUAAUUGCAUCUCAGAGAGAUAAAAUUUAGGUGAAGAAGGUGAGAUAAGUCGGGUACCUAGUUUAGUUUAUUUAUCACCGAUUGUGGCCACUCAUGGGAAACCACCUUUUUCAGCUUAAAUCACGAUGCUCUCCAAGACAUAUGGGUUACUGUCCAGGCCUUUAAUUCCAAAUAUCUCGUGUCAACCAAGGCCACUGGUUCCAUCCUCGACCGCUUUGCGACAGCGAUUCGUAUUCCCUCGAGCAUUAUCCGUGCAAACGACCCUUCGAUCCCAAGAGUCGCAGUCGAAAACGGACUCCCCGCGCAGAUUCACAUACCAUGCAGCCGCCUCAUUUUCCUCUAAAAAGAAUAAGUUCGACUCGACGACUGACGUCUUCCACUUCAAUCCUUAUAAUCGCAUCCAAACGCAGAAGCGCCCCAAAUCGAAGCGACCUGCGAGCGGACAGGAUGCUUUCUUUAUAAGUCGUGUGGGUGACACGAACGCCAUCGCCUUUGGCAUUGCCGAUGGCGUUGGAGGUUGGGAGGACAGUGGAGUUGAUCCAGCCGACUUCUCGCAUAGCUUUUGCGAUUAUAUGGCCUCAGCAGCCUAUGAGCACAGAUCAGAUGCGACUGGUGUGUCCUUAACAGCCAGAUUACUGAUGCAGAGAGGAUACGAUGACGUAUGCAAGGAUGGAUCCAUUCAUGCUGGGGGUAGCACGGCCUCGAUUGGUAUCGCGAGCGAGGAUGGUAGGCUAGAAGUUGCUAAUUUGGGUGACUCGGGAUUUGUGCACUUGCGCCUGAAUGCCGUACAUAGCUAUUCGGAGCCGCAGACGCACGCCUUUAACACUCCGUAUCAGUUAUCCAUCGUGCCGGCCAGCAUGCUGGCACGUGCCGCCGCAUUUGGUGGCGCGCAAUUGUGCGAUUAUCCCAGAGAUGCGGAUGUCACACAGCACACACUAAAACAUGGCGACAUACUCAUUUUCGCGAGUGACGGAGUUUGGGAUAAUCUGUUCAACCAAGACAUCCUUCGGAUAGCUAGCCAGCGAAUGAUUGAUAUAGGCGCCUGGAAAGCAAGUGACGGCGGCAUACUCGUCGCUGACAACUUGCUGCCAUACACCCAACCAAAACUUUCCUUGCAGCGGCCCUUCACACUUCAAAGCGGACUGGCAACACAAAUCGUGGCCACAGCCAAGCUAGCGAGCAUAAGCCAGCACGUUGACGGGCCAUUUGCUAAAGAGGUCCAGAAAUACUAUCCCCAAGAGAACUGGCACGGCGGGAAAAUUGACGACAUCUGCGUCAUCGUUAUAGUAGUCUCCGAAGAUGGAAAGCCAGAAGCAAUGACGAGCAAACUAUAAAAGACUACGAUGAAUGGUAUUGUAUUGCACGCCAAGUUGGAAGAAGAAGAAAAAAAAUAGAAUUAUGCAUCAUCAGGCGUUCAAAAGAAGGAAGGAAUCGAUCUUUGACGAGCAUUCUGCAUAUAAAGCAGGCGAACGGAUAAGGGAAGGCGGGUCGUAUUUGUAUGGUGUUCGCUGCUGCGUAUGUAUAUAUAUCUUUAUAUCUCUCUACCUUAGUUACGUUUCGAAACGACUUGCAUAUUUGAGGAUAAGAGGUAGUAGACUGUAGACAUGCGAGUAAAUCCAUCGUACUGACAUAACUACGGGGCUGUGGUAUACAAGCAUUAUACCCUUAAUUCACUUCUAACUACCUCCUACCACAUUAGAUCUGCG